UGGGCUCUGCGGCAUAUGAAAUAUAUGAUAAAUACAUGCAAGAUAUGAGAAUCACUCCAGACCAUAACAGUCAUUAAUGCUCCAAUACAACAGGUGGCGCUGUGGUCUGGGAACGGUGAAGUCAUUUUCAGGCCAGAGCAAGACCAGAAAGAUGGGGACACGUUUAAAGGUGCUUCAAACAUUUAAAGCUCUACAUCGAACACGGAUGAUUGUGUUUAAAGACGAUGACAGGGCUUUGACAGCUGCCAGAUUAAAGAUCAAUGAAGAAUUUAAGAAAAACAAAAAUGACACAUCAGAGGAAAAUAUACAACAGAUGAUUAAGAUGAGCAAAGCUGUUGAGACAAUCCUGCGGGAAAAUGUCUUACAAGCAGAGCAUGUUGGCCAAAAUAAGCUUGUUCUGCGACCUCGAGAGAGUCUUCUAUCAGAAAACGUACCUUACAGUGACACACCUAGAAAAAAAGCAUAACUUGCAUGGAUUCAUGUAUCCCUUUUUCUUUGCCGGAGUAAUAAUUUUCUCCAUAAAUCAUUUAAAGACAUACAGAACACAUAAAAUACCUUCCAUGGAUUUUUAAGAACAAGCUUAAAAAUAGUUUAAACAAAGUAAAAUUAUAAAUUUCAUGAUAAUAUUAAAAAUAAACCAGAAUAUUGUGUCUAAAUCCUCCUCUAAAAUUGUUCUCAGACAAUUCUGUGAAUUGCAUUCUGUGCUUCAGGCCUCUAAGCAUGACUUAUUUUUACUCUAAAAUUAGGUGUUAAUUACUUUUCAAAUGUUUUUAAAUAUAUGAAAACAUGUACAAAACUUGCAAAACACAUCAUUGUGUCUUCUUACAAUUCAGUAUGCAACCCAAUUCUGACAACAUUCAGUGUUGAUUGACACAUCAAAUUAUGCUGAUUUUUAAAAUAUUAUUUGACAAUAUGAAUUUAUAUUUUGAUAGUUCUCUAAUAUAAAAUGGUAAUUUUAUCAAUGUUCACAAAAUCUGUUAGCAAACAUCUGAGAAAAACAGAAUUUUAUGUUUGGAGUACACUUUUUAUUUAACAGAAUGUGUGAAAUUAUGAUUAUAUACUUCAUUGACUGGCUGCUUAAUGUUUAUUUGUACAUAUGUUUCGUCUUCUCUUCUUGUACUAAAUGUGUUGUGUUUGAAAUUUAUGUCUGGUGUAAAAGAGAUUUUCCACUAUCACCAGUGCUCAUGUCUGAAACACUGUUGUCUUCUUCCAUGUGCUGAAUAAAACAAACAUGUUUGUGUUUGUUGGUUAACCAAAGUGAGAUUUAAUCAGUUUUCCCUUUAAUUAAUAAACAACGUACGAUGGUAUACAAUAAAGUGAUGUUCAGUGAGUAAA